GUCUAGGAUGGUUUCCAGGUUUCCGAUUUGGGAAACCGAGUCUAUGUGGUAAUCUACCUGGGAGGGACAGGAGGAGCAGAUUUGGCGGGAAGUUCAAUUUAGGAUACAAUACGUGAGGAGCUUGUUGGCAAUGCGGAAAGAAACGCAUGGACGAAUCCUUCAUAUCUGCUUUGGCGGGCCCGAACCCCGCAUCGGGAACUUAGCCCCGAGAGCCUGCGGAUGUGCUUUGAUAGAUUCUGCCUCCUCGGAGUUGUUUGUCAGAGGCAGGGAGGCGGGGGGGAGCGCCAGAUUGGUCUGGGUGCCAAGGACUGUGCGUAGACCGCUGAACCACCGCGUCCCCUAGGACUCUGGAGUUGCGGCCACUAGCUGUGGCGGGAACCCGCCCACGGCUGUCAGCGGUAGCGGCGCGAUUGGUUGGAGCUGCCGGCGCCGGGGGCCGUGGUCAGGCCCGGACUUCAGAAACUGCUCAGCGAUUGGCUCGGAGGCGCUCCCCCAAAAGGCCUAACUCAAACUGUCGGAGUCGCCUCUCCAGGGGGCUGGAGCAUAUUUCCACCCCGCCCUGUCGCUUAGUUAGACAGGUAAGCAACCUUACCUGUAUUGGUCAGUGAAUGAACCUCACAACCGCUCCUUGCCGGAGUCCGGAUAAAAGGACAGCUUUGAUUGGCCAAUUUGCUUCUGGACUGGCGUCUGUCCCGGGAGUGGAUUGGACUGCUGUAUUGUCAAUUUUAUCGGGAAGGCGUGGCUGGCACUAUUAAAGACUGGGACCCGCGAGACGGUGCAGUAAGUUUCACUGCAGCUGGAGCUCCGAAUUGAUUGCUAUAGGCAGAGUUCUGCAGUUUCGUCGACUUCAGCUGCAGCGUUCCCCUCUCCGGGUGUCUCGCCGCAGCCUCGGGAGAGGAGACGGACCCUCUGUCAGUGAAAUGUCUGCUCCAGCUCAGCCACCUACCGAAGGGGAAGAAGGGACUGCCCCAGGUGGGGGUCCCCCUGGCCCUCCUCCUAAUACGAGCAGUAACAGACGACUACAGCAAACUCAGGCGCAAGUAGAGGAGGUGGUGGAUAUCAUGCGCGUGAAUGUGGACAAGGUCCUGAAGAGGGACGAGAUACUGUCAGAGCUGGAUGACCGAGCUGAUGCCUUACAGGUGGGAGCGUCACAAUUUGAGAGCAGUGCUGCCAAGCUAAAGAGGAAGUAUUGGUGGAAAAACUGCAAGAUGAUGAUCAUGCUGGGAGCUAUCUGUGCCAUCAUCGUGGUAGUUAUAGUAAUCUACUUUUUUACUUGAGAAUGUGCUGCCGCUUCCCUGUUUUCCAUUGCCAUCCAAAUCCAUGUUCCUCUCCCUCUUGUUUGUUCUCUCAACAAAUUUCCUCAUCUACCUUCCUCUAUCCCAGCCCAGGCUUCUCCAUUGCUCAUUCCUCCUUUUCUGUUGCUUCCAUUUGCACUCUGUCCCUUAAUACUAGAAAUGCUGUUCCUGGCGUAGUCUUGAAAUAACUACCUGGCGAGCAACAGCUGGCACCUCCUCCCUACCCCUUUCUUAUGUACCCCUAAAUUCCUCCAAAGCCAAAAAGAGUUGGAGGCCAAGAGAAGGGGACAGGUGUAGCUGGGGGUGACAUGUCCUAGAAAGUGCCAAGAUUGGGGGACGAGAAGAGUAUUAGAGCCCACGGUAUCUCAUAGGAAAAUGAUGGCUCACUCGUUGCUGCCUUGGUUACCUGGGGCCUAUGCCAGGCCUGAAGAAGAUCGUGGGUGGGCCCGAAGUCCAACUUGAUCCUGGUGCAAUACCCUUUUAGAAAGUAAAACCUGUUUCUUUGCAGUUAUUUCUAAUUUGUUAGUCUGAGGUUUUCUACGUCUUCAGGGAUCUAACAGUCUUUUAUUUUGUUCUUCAGAGACCUACCUGGAGAACACGUAUUAGUUGAAAAAAUACCGGAACUCUCAUUCCCAUCCUAGAAGCAGUCCCACAAGCUCAUAACUGGAAGGGGCUAUCACUUGUCCACAUUUUCUGCAACAUCCUGUACUGUUCAUGAGAGCACCAAAUAAUUUCAUAUACCAAAGUUUGGGACUCUCGGUUAGUUUUAAUUGUUGGCAUAGAUAAAGAGAGAAUGCCUGUUAGUUAUAGAGAAACAGGGAAUCAAGGGCCUAAUUUUACAAUAAGCUCAGAGGAAGCUAUUUCUUGCCCUCUCAUUAAGGAGGGUCCUCUUCUUCCCUUCCUGUUGAUCAAGGAGUGUGAGGGUCCUUGGUCUUUCAGGGGCUCCCUUCCUCUACACCAUCCCCGUAUACUUGCCAAAGACAGGGAUGAGGCAAGAGGAUCUUCCUGAGUCCUGGCUGAUUCUGAGGAUUUAGAGAAGUCCAGUAUAUGUACCAAUUCGUCCUGGGGUGGGAGGUGGGACAGUCUGUGGACAGGCAUGCUUAUGUAUUGCCGUGCUAUCAUGGGGACCUCUCCUCUAGAGCCACCUCUCUUAUUCUUCCUGCAGUACACUCCCCUUCUAGGUCAUGUGCACCCAUCUGAAUUCUACUUCGCUUCCUUUCCUUUACUUCUCUUUUUGCAUGGUUUGUGGGUGCCGACAGUGGAAUCCGAGGAUGGGAGCUACUCAGCCUGUCUUGGGGGUCACUGCUGGGCUUCAGGUUGGGGUAUUGACUGGGAUAGACCCAGGUAUGAGGGGAGGUGGGCAGGCUGGGAACACCCAUGACCGUUUAUUCCUUCUGUCCUCUGCUCCGCAAGCAGUAAGAGGCUGAGGCCAGAAUGGGCUGGGUCUGGAUGCUCACUUCACGCAGCAGCAUUUCAUUGCACAAGACCAUCCUUCCUCUCCCUUCACCCCUGUUUCCCACAUUCCCUUCGUCCUGCCUCAUGGUGGGACUGAAGAGCUGGAAGAAAGCAGUCAGCGUCCCCUCCCAACGAUCCCCCUCGAAGGUCUCCACUCUCCUCUGGGCUCCUCCUUGCCUAAUGCAGGGGGUCACCGCUGGAGAAGAACCACCACUGUCCUCGAUGUGUCCCAAGCCUGGAACAAAUUCACCCUCUCAGCCCACCCAGCCCGGUCACAGGAGUUACUUCCUGGGUUUCUGUCCCUUUGAGGUUCACCAGAUGUAGUUGGUUUUAUUUUGUUUGUUUUGUUUUUUUUUGAUAUUAGCCCUUCUCCUUUCUUUCUCACCCCACCCUGUACCCUAUUCUGUGUCUUCCCUCCUAUCACCUAUGUGCAUGAGCAAAUACGCAACUAAACCCUGGGACUUUACAGUCAGAUGAAGCCGAGCUUCCCACAGCCCCUUCUUCAGUUUGCCAUGAGAUGAUGUGGGGUUUCCAUUGUGUGUCUGUCUUCGCCUCUUUGUCUUUUUUCCUAACCCCAAUUUCAUACUUGUAUAGAAUGAUAACAGUUCUACUUCACCAAAGGCAUGUAGCAUAUUUACCAAUUUCAUGUAUUCUGAACCAAGGCAAAAAAUACAAAUUCCUACCACUACA